CUCCCCCCACUUCUCUCUCGCUCCCACGUCUCCUCCCCCGACCCGAUCUGGAUCGGGGCGCUGCGCCCGCCUCCGCCACCACUGUCGCAGAGAUGCCCUCCCCCAUCGGCGCCCCUCCAUCCCGACCUGGUCCGCCCUUGCUCCCCGCGGCGCCGGCGAGCACGCCCGCGCCCAAGGGAUGCCGCCCUCGUCCUCGCGCCCCAUCCACUCUCCCCCGACCGUGCCGUUCAACGCCCCGCCACCAUCGCCUCCUCCACGACAGCUCCCGCACCGUCCCCGUCGGCAUCGCUAUCACGCGUCCUCCCCGCCGCCUCGUCGUCUCCGUCCUCCUCCUCGGGCUUUCGUCCUCGAGCCUCGUCGCCCCGUUCCCCUGCGCCACAAACCUUGAGACCGUUGCUGGUACCCCUGUGGUCGACUACAUCGACGACGAACCCUUCUUGCCAGAGCAACCAGAUGCUGGAGCGCCCUGGAGCCAGACGCCACCGAUGACGACUCCUACUGCACUGGAGGUGCCCACUACUACGUGCAGACCGCCGACGACAACCAGGAGUAGUUUAGGAGGAUCGCUGGCAGGAGGCCUGCGCCUCUUUCGAUCUGUCUCCCAGUUUGUGCUAGCCAUCUUAUGGAAACUUGUUUAACUUAUGUAUGUACUUAGAUAUUGUUGC